AUGGUUGAAAGUCCUUACAUGGUAAAAUCUUACGUUAAAUGUCCGAUAAAUAUGAUUUUACGUAUAACGGUGAAUCUUAUGUGUGUCACAAUUUUCGGAGGAAUUUUACGCAGUUUACCUGAAGUGGCCUCAACCGACGGUAUGUGCCAAAGUUGCCAUUCCUCUUGUUCAGCAUGCAAUGAAAAGGGAUGCCUUGCUUGUAAAGAAGACGGAGAUGUACACCAUUCCAAAUACCUUACUCGAGAUGGUGCUUGUAAAGAAGACUGUGUUUCUAAGUCUGCAUUGAAGAAGAAUUCUGGUAGUCGUAGAGUAAGACUUGUCAAAGGAUCUUCAAUCUUGGAAGGUGUGGUAGAAGUGUAUUACAAUGGAUCAUGGGGUACUAUAUGCUCCAGUGAGUGGGGUGAGCAAGAUGCAACUGUGGUAUGCAAGGAACUGAAGUUUGGAAAUGUUAUUGAGAGUAAGAUUGUUGGACAAAAUGGUUCAAACCUUAUGAUUUUCGAACAAAAAAUUUGGUUUAGUGAUGUGCGUUGUAGAGGCAAUGAAGACUCUAUAUUUGAUUGUCCUAAAAGAGAUGGAGGAAAGAAUAAAUGCAGUCAUAUGGAAGAUGUAGCAAUCCGAUGUAGUGGUCCAGAUACGAGGAGAACGUGUGAAGUUGACUGUGGAGAUGGUUUUUUCAAGUUUAAAUCUUCUUGCCAACCAUGUCCGCUUGAUUGUAGGACGUGUACCUCCAUGGACACUUGUUUAAGUUGUAAUGAAAUGAGAUUUCUCCAUGGUACAAAGUGUGUUGCCAAUUGUCCUUCAGGGAUGUUUGGGGAUGGUGAUUCAAGGAAAUGCAUGCCCUGUUCAGAGCAAUGUCGCACUUGCAAAUAUUUUGAUGUAUGCACCAGUUGUCAUAUGGAUAAAGGAAGACCGUAUUUAGACGCUGGAAGUUGUGUUAGCGAUUGUGGUAAAGGUGUUGUCAAUAAAAGAUUUAUUCGUUUGUCUGAAAACAAAAGCCAGUACAAAGGAUUACUGGAAGUGAAAUAUGAGGGAAAAUGGCAUACAAUAUGCAGCAAUGGCUUCCAUCUAGAUACAGCUCGAGUAUUUUGUAGAGAGUUAGGCUUCGGAGAACCUUUAAAGUACUCGGGCGGUCUAUAUGGGACUGGCAAAGGUCCAAUUCUAAAACGUCAUAUAAGAUGUAAGGGGGACGAAACGUCCUUUAUUUCAUGUUAUCAAGGUGAUUGGUUUUAUUCUUAUUCUUAUUGUGGGCACAAUUUCGAUGUUGGUUUAUGGUGCAAGGCGCCUACGAACGAUGUUAGAAUCGAUGAUAAUUGUAUAGAAAAAUGUCCUGACGGUACCUAUCGUGAUCAAAACAACAUAUGUGAACUGUGCAAUCCUAUAUGUCUGACCUGCAAGGAUGAUGCCUCGAAAUGUGUUACUUGUCGUGAACGUUAUUUUCACAAUGGUACUUCUUGUGUACGUCAGUGUCCACGUGGUACUUACGCCGAUUCGAAACUCGGCAAGUGUAAACCUUGUGGGAAAAAAUGCACGACCUGUAGUUUGAGAGAAGACAACUGUUUGUCUUGCGUGGGUCCUUUGGUUCAUAAUGGAACACAUUGCGUCGCGUCAUGUCCGAAGAAUACGUACCAGAAAGAGUUCGAUUGCGUUGAAAAUUGUGGUUUUAAACAUUACCCGAAAGAUGGCAAAUGUCGUGCUUGUCCAUUCAAAUGUCUUUUUUGUAAUGCAUCUGGUGUUUGCCUUGCUUGUGACUACGAUCAUCGGUUGACAAAAGAAGGCCGAUGUCGACGCUCGUGUCCUUCUGGGCAAUAUUCGUUUCCCUUAAAAGCAAGCGACGUACACAAUCAACUCGAAUUGAGAUUAUCAAGCAAAGAAGGUUAUUUAUCGAAGGGAAGGUUGGAGAUUUAUCAUGAUGGAGAAUGGGGCACAGUUUGUGACGAUAAUUGGAAUCGUGGAAAUGCUUCCUCGGUUGCCUGUAGACAACUGUUACUUGGUCCUCCCAAAGUUCAUCUUUAUCUUAACAGUAAAAAUCCACGAGGACAGAACGUGACCCGCACGUGGCUAGACCAGGUAGAAUGUACCGGCUACGAAGAAAGGCUUAGUGAUUGUAAGAGAGCGAAAUGGGGAGUACAUGAUUGCGUAGCCGCUGAGGAUGUUCAUAUUGAAUGUCAUUAUCCAGGAAUGACAAAAUGUGUACCUAGUUGUCCCACGUCGUACCACGUGAGCGGUGAAUUUUGUAUACAUUGUGCGUCCGCCUGUAUAAACUGCUCAGGCACGGCAAGUAACUGUACUUCAUGUAAGCAAGGAUAUGUUUUGACAGAAGAUAAUCGCUGUUUGGAGAAAUGUCCACUAGAAUUUUAUGAAAAGGAUGGGUUGUGUGAGAAAUGUCACGUGGAUUGUUUAACUUGUAACGGCCCCACGGAUCAUCACUGCACAUCCUGCCUACGUCCAAAAUUACUGCUUAAGGUUAUGUGUGUAGACAGCUGCUUGCCUAAACAAUAUGAAAGAACUGUAAAUCCAUACAUAAAUUUAACUCAAAGAACGGGUCCAUUUGAAGGUGUUGUUAUGUUAAAAGUUGGCUCUAGAGUUGGUUUUCUCUGUGAUCGUCUACCGACUAUGGAAGAUGGUCAAGUUAUUUGUCGUGAACUUCAUAUGGGCAAUGUUGUAGAGGUGGAUGAAAGGUCUAUGUUCUAUAGUUACAGGACGCCUAUUGUUAUGAAGAAUCCUAUUUGUACAGGCAACGAGUCUUCGAUAUUUGAUUGUCCUUUGCCAAAGAGAUAUUCUUUCUGUUCACGGAGUAAUGUUAUGUCUGUAAAAUGUUCUGGUCCUGAUUUGUCAAGUCAAUGUAUCGAAGAUUGCCCUUCAACAAAGAAUUUGUACGUUGCUGACCAGAAGAGGUGUGCUUUUUGCUCCAAGAACUGUUUGGGUUGCAUCAAAAAUGCCACGCUGUGUACAGGAUGUCCAAAAGGAAAGUUACUGACAUGGGACAAGAAAUGUGUUGAAUUUUGUCCCGAGGGAACAUAUUACGAAUCGAAAAGUAAGACGUGCAAAAAAUGCAAUCUUCAAAUGUGUCUCGCUUGUCGAGAAAGCUCUGAAAUUUGCACAGUAUGUGCCAAUGGUAAAUACUCAUACAAAGCAGCAUGUCUAACGAAAUGCCUUGACAAAGAUUAUUCAGUAGAAGGAGUGGGGAAUUUGAGAUUGACCAAAUCUUUUCUUUAUCGUGUACCAUACCAGAAUAUUUCUUCUGGUUAUAUUGAGAUCAUGGUGAAUAAAACAUGGAAAGGAGUUUGUUUUCACGGUUUUAAUAUGAAAGCCGCCGCUGUUGUUUGUCAUCAUCUUGGCUACGGUGAUCCAGUGUCUUUUUUCUCUCGUUAUCUUAAUUAUCGCCUCGGCAUAUCAGAAAUGGUCGCUUUUAACUGCACUGGAAAUGAAGCGUCGUUUGAACAAUGUUCUAAAGUCGUCGAAUCCUGUAGAACUUCUUCUCUGGUCAAGCUAACUUGUUCACGAUAUUCGCCAAUCAGAAGAUGCUUGACGUCAUGUGAAGAUGGAUUUUAUGCAGUACGAAAACAGUGUCGCCGUUGCUCCAGUAACUGUUUGACAUGUGCAGGCUCGGCUAAUCAUUGUACUUCUUGUAAUUCCACUCAAGUAAUGCGUUCUUCAAAGUGUGAGGACAAAUGCGAAGAUGGAUACUUCAUUCAGCUAAAUAACAUGACGUGUCAAAGAUGUAGUGAUCAAUGUAGGACAUGUAUGGAUGGCUACACUGAUGAUAGAUGUACAUCUUGUGAUGACCCUUAUUUCUUACGAGGUACUAAAUGUGUUGAGUCGUGCUAUCCUGAUCAUUCUUUGAUUGAGUUGAUGCCGCACCGGAAACCUUCAGUCAAACUUCUAAAUGGCUCCUUCUAUGGAGAGGGAUUUCUUUCGGUAAUGAAGGAUGGCAAAUGGAACAUGAUAUGCGAAUACGAUUCAACGGGAAGCAGAGCGAAGUUCGCAUAUGAUCUUGCCUGUCAAGAGUUAGGUUUUGAACAGGCUUCAAUCAUGAAGAGGAAACCUGUUUUUCGAAACUAUAGGGACAAAACGCUGGGCUCGCAAUGUCGAUUGUUUGAGAGUUCUUUCUCAGAGUGUCAUUUAUAUCAAAUGUAUUGGUGUUAUUCUACACAAUUCGUCACCUGCUCGCGAAAGCCUUUUGAUAAACGUGUAUGUCGUAAGAUAAUGAAAAAGCCGUGUACAGAAGAUGUGUGUUAUCCUGGAGUGUCUUGUGUUGAAGGCGAUGGUCGUGUCGUUGGCAGCGAAGAAUCUUUUUGUCGUCAUUGUCCUUCUGGUUAUUUUGGUGAUGGUGAUCAAUGCACAUUAAUUUCAAAGACUCGUCCAACUCCCUACUAUCGACAACUGUAUCAGAAACGAUUUUAUAAUGUCGGUGUUACGGUACAUAUGCUGUGUCGUGUCCGUUCUAGUGGUACUUAUAUACCAUCUCGCGCUUAUCAUUGGUCAAAAGACGGUAAACCAAUCAGUGAUGGUGUUUUUCGAAAUGGUGUUUUAGCAUUCCGGAUCUCUCACUAUUCCCAAGGGGGAAUUUACAAUUGCACCAUUGGUAACUCUCUAGGGUCACUGACGUUUAUCUAUAAUGUCACCAUUACAGGAAAGCCAAUAAUAACGAGAGCUGAUACCGUUUCUGUUGUUCACGGUCAACCAGUCAUUCUUACCUGUGAAGUUUUUGCCAACCCCCCCGCCAACAUAACAUGGCUAUUUGAAAACAAGACUCUCUCCGAAAGUACUUCGAGGAACGAAGGGCCACGAGUCAUGAACAACGGUUCACUGUACAUUGCCGUAUCAAUUCUUAAAGAUGCCGGUAAAUACACUUGUGUGGCAAAUAAUUCUCGUGGAAGUUCAUCAGAAAUCGUUGUGCUCCGCAUUGGUGAUGAAAUUCAUUUCGAGAAGAAACCUGGUGUCGUCACAGUGUCGUUAAAAGAUAAUGCUGUAUUUCAUUGUCGACCGUUCGAGAGGGGCACGAUUUUGCCUUUGGUUGCAUGGCGUCACAACGGAAAGACUUUGAGAAAUAACGGAAAAUACGUAAUUUCUGAUGAAACGUUGACUAUUAUAGAAGUGUCAGAAGAGGAUUGUGGCGAAUAUUAUUGUGUUGUAAACGAUGGACACUCUACUUUAACUACCUCUGGAAAGUUGAUCAUAAAAAAUGUGCCACCAUGCAUCUACAAUCCACCACAAAAUCUGGCGCUCAAAGACGGUAUGUACGCCAGGUUUUACUGUGAAGCGAGUGGCGAACCUCCUCCUACGAUUUCGUGGGAAAAAUUUGGUAGCACGUUGCUGAAAAAUACGAAGGAGUUGCGAAUAGACAAAGUGAACAUCUCCCAUGUUGGAGCCUUCGUUUGUAUCGCCGAUAGUGGAGGAAAGAAAGUUAAGAAAGUUGCAUUUCUCAGUGUGGAUGGAAUUUAUGCCUGUCCAUACAUAAUUGAAAAGCCUAAAGACGCCAUAGCUGAAUUAGGUAAUACGUCAAGCUUUUACUGCGAUGGUGCAACGUACAAUCACAACGUCAACAUAUUAUGGUAUAAGGAUGGUAAAAAGAUCAUCGAUAACGAUAAAUACGACAUUAUUGAUAAAAAUAGGAAACUUGUCAUUAAAAAUGUCGAUCGUCACGAUAUUGGAUCUUAUACAUGUGUGGUUGAUGAUGGUACUGGUGAACGUGCCAGCAUGGUAGCUCGUUUGAAAUUAACAGGCAGUCAGAGUCGGAGUACUGAAUCAUCAAAUCCUGCUGGGAUCAUCAUUGGUGUUCUAGUAUGUAUUCUAGUGAUCAUCGUUGUCCUUUACUUUGUCUAUCGCUAUCGUCGCCAUGGUGUUACUCCUGUUGAUGUCAUGAAAAGAGUGAAACGUAAGUCAUUAUCUCGUCUUCAGUCCAAUACAAGACAUACUGUAUUGAAUUAUAACACAGCGGAGUCUCAUGAUGAUGAAGAUGGCUAUGAUACUGCUGAUACAAAUCCCUUCGUCAGAGAUUAAAUGUUUGUGUAUUUUUUCUCGCUAUAUUUGUACGUAAAAUAUCAAUGUCCUAACCAUGUAUAUGCCUGCCUUUGUAAAUUUGGCUUGUGAGAUGAUAUGUAUGACUUGAUUGAUUUUUUUUUGUAAUUUAGUGUGCUGCGAGCACUUGCAGUCAGUGAAAUUAGACUAGAAAGAUGUAAUAAAAUUACAAAAUGUGAUUGCAAUUGAAAA